GGGCGGUGCGGCAGGCGGGGCCGGUGCGGACGGUGCUGUCGUUCGGCGUCGGCAGCAGGAGGAGGAGGAAGAUGAUGAUGAUGGUGGCGGCGACGAGAUGAGCGGGCGGCUGCCGGGCUGUCGGCCCCGCGCUGCGCUGCCACCGCCGCCGGAGCCGCCCCGCGCCCGCAGCAGUUGAGUGAAGUGCUUCUAACAAGGGUGCCCUGUACCAAUGGGUCCAUCUUUGAUGUAAUUCCAAACAUUACUACAACUUGCGCUACUUGCUUUUCCUCCUUGAAAAAACACAGCUGUCAUAGGCAAAAUGUCAAUAGAAUAAAUGACCUACCCACCAGAACUUGCCAUGAACCAUCUGGUUGGACCACCUGAAGGUGAGGUAAAUGAAGAGCCAGUGAAUGGAGCAGUGAAUGAGUCAGUGGAGGCUGACCUGGAGCACUCAGAGGUGGAAGAGGAACAGCGGUAUGCAACUCGCUACCCAAGGCAUACAAACGGCAGCCAAGGGGGCCUCUCUGGCCAGGAGGAGGAAGGGAUGUUAGCUCGGUCAGCCAGCACUGAGAGUGGUUUCCACAAUCACACAGACACCGCAGAAGGGGAUGUCAUAGCCACAGUGGAGGACAGUUACGAUACAGAAAGAGCUCAGGAAAAUGAGGAUGAGAGCACAUAUGCAGUGCAGUACAGGCCUGAGUCUGAGGAGUACACGGAGAAUGCUGAGGCUGAGCAUGGCGAGGCCAUACAUAAUCGAACAUUGCCCAAUCACUUACAUUUCCAUUCCAUUGAACAUGAGGAAGCCAUGAAUGCAGCCUACUUGGGUUAUGUCUACACACAUCGGCUCUUCCACCGAGGAGAGGAUGAGCAGUAUGCUGAGCCUUACGCUGACUACGGACUGCAGGAGCAUGUGUAUGAGGAGAUAGGAGAUACACCAGACCUCGAUGUUAGGGAGGGGAUCCAACAGUAUGAGCAGGAAAGGGAGGAAGAUGACAAUUACCGCAAGGAGGCACUUGGUGCCCGCCUUCACCAUUAUGAUGAACGGUCUGAUGGAGAGUCUGACAGCCCUGAGAAGGAGGCAGAGUUUGCGCCCUAUCCAAGAAUGGAUAGUUACGAACAAGAUGAGGACAUUGAUCAGAUUGUAGCAGAGGUGAAACAGAGCAUGAGCUCCCAAAGCUUAGACAAGGCAGCUGAAGAUAUGCCAGAGUCAGAGCAGAGUCUGGAUCACGGUCAUACUCUUGCUGGUGGUGGGCAUGAAAGUAAUGGCCAGCUCCCAGCUGGUUCUCGAGUUACAUCCAGCUCAGGAGAAUCUGUACAGAGGUACAGCAAGGAGAAGAGAGAUGCAAUUUCACUAGCCAUCAAGGAUAUUAAAGAGGCUAUUGAGGAAGUGAAGACACGAACCAUCCGUUCUCCUUAUACUCCUGAUGAACCCAAGGAGCCUAUCUGGGUGAUGAGGCAGGACAUCAGUCCAACCAGAGACUCUGACGACCAGAGACCACUAGAUGGAGAUUCUCCAUCUCCAGAUUCCUCUUCACCUCGGGGUGCUGAAUCGUCAAGUAGGCAACAUCACCAGGAUGGCUGCAGUACAGCAGAAGCUUCCACUAAUAAAGAGUCCAGAAAAAGCUUGGCUUCGUUUCCAACCUAUGUUGAAGUUCCUGGACCUUGUGAUCCUGAAGACUUAAUUGAUGGAAUAAUUUUUGCGGCCAAUUACCUUGGCUCGACUCAACUCCUUUCUGAUAAAACUCCCUCCAAGAAUGUGAGGAUGAUGCAGGCUCAGGAAGCUGUCAGUAGGAUCAAGAUGGCCCAGAAAUUAGCCAAAAGCAGGAAGAAGGCUCCAGAAGGUGAAUCUCAACCAAUGACUGAAGUGGAUCUCUUCAUUUCCACACAGAGAAUAAAAGUACUAAAUGCAGACACACAGGAAACCAUGAUGGAUCAUCCCCUGCGGACCAUUUCUUACAUUGCUGAUAUAGGAAAUAUAGUUGUUUUGAUGGCUCGUAGGCGAAUGCCACGGUCUAACUCCCAGGAUAACGUGGAAGCAUCUCACCCUUCCCAAGAUGGAAAGAGACAAUACAAAAUGAUUUGCCAUGUCUUUGAGUCUGAGGAUGCACAGCUGAUUGCACAGUCCAUAGGUCAAGCUUUCAGUGUGGCCUACCAGGAAUUUCUGAGGGCAAAUGGAAUCAACCCAGAAGACCUUAGCCAGAAGGAAUAUAGUGACUUGCUCAAUACCCAGGACAUGUACAAUGAUGACCUGAUUCACUUCUCCAAAUCUGAAAACUGCAAAGAUGUUUACAUUGAAAAGCAAAAGGGAGAAAUCCUAGGUGUAGUGAUUGUGGAGUCUGGCUGGGGAUCCAUUUUGCCUACAGUUAUCAUAGCCAAUAUGAUGCAUGGAGGACCAGCAGAGAAGUCUGGGAAGCUGAACAUAGGGGACCAGAUCAUGUCCAUCAAUGGGACCAGUUUGGUUGGUUUACCACUCUCAACAUGUCAAAGCAUCAUAAAGGGUUUGAAAAACCAGGCCCGGGUUAAACUGAACAUAGUUAGGUGUCCUCCUGUAACCACAGUCUUGAUCAGAAGACCAGACCUCAGAUAUCAGUUGGGCUUCAGUGUGCAGAAUGGGAUUAUCUGUAGCCUUAUGAGAGGAGGUAUAGCAGAGCGAGGAGGUGUGCGUGUUGGCCAUCGAAUCAUUGAAAUCAAUGGACAAAGUGUUGUAGCAACGCCCCAUGAGAAAAUCGUUCACAUUCUCUCAAAUGCUGUUGGUGAGAUUCAUAUGAAGACUAUGCCAGCUGCCAUGUACAGAUUAUUGACUGCGCAAGAGCAACCAGUUUACAUCUAAAGCCGACACUCACCGUCACAAUGUGCAUGGAGGAUGUUUUUCUGCAUUAGUGCUUGUCUCUCUAGUGCUGCAUUUCUGUGUCUGCAGAGACAUUUCUCUCUCUCUCUUCCUCUCCCUCUCUUUCUAUAUCUCUCUCUCCCCCACCCCCUCUUCACAGACACAAACACAAUGUUUCUCUCCUCCCUCCCCUCUUCCUCUUUUCCUGUAUUUUAGGAAGGGGCAAAAUAGAUCUGUGGGACUAUUUCAGUUGCAUCUUUUUACAAGUGAAACUUCAUGCAGUUUCACAUGCAAAACAGGAAAAUAACAGCAGCAUUGUUCACAGCAGGAUUCACAAAGAAGAUGGACUCUGCUUCAUACUACACAAUCAGUUUUAUUUUUGUGUCUAUAAUUUGACAAACUGAGUAAAUUAAAUGUUGCUGACUGAAAAGUAUCUUUACCAAACAGGUAAAAGUACAGGGUGCAAAGUGUUCACUUGGAUAUCCUGGACGUGAAUUUGCUUUUCUUGCCCUGUUUUCCAACAGGCACAGAGCAGAAUUUAUUGGUUUAUGUCUAUAGGAAAAGUAGAACACCAAAAGGAUAGUUUUGCCCUGAGGAAGAAUUACCUGCUUGUGAAGACUCAGUGAACGCUGCUGUUGUUAAAUGGACUGUCCAAGCAUGCACCCUUUAAUUCCCAUCUGUCAUCAGUUCUUUAUGAUACUAAGACACCAAAAGGUACUCUGUGAGUUGCUGAAACAUGUUACACUUGUAUUACCUAUGCUAAGUGAUUUGGGAGGUAUUUUUUAUAGCUGCCUCCCCUGCUCUGCCCCCAGGUUUGUAACUCUUUGUUUUCUUCUACUUUAUUUUUAAAUGCAACAUGUCUUUUAUAGUCCCGUGCCUAUUUUAGAGGUUAAAGGAGGGGGGUAGGAUCUUUGAAUAUAUACAAGAGAAAUAUGAAGGGGCUUUCCUGAUUAGCUACACUUUUUCUAGGCUCUUAAUUCUGAAUUUGGUGCACGCAACCAUGUGUGCCAGUGUAUAUAGACAUUUUUAAAAUUGUGCUUGCUUAUUUAUGAAAUUUGAAUAUUAGAGAUCUGCACAGUAUUCUAAGUAAUUUUGUUCUCUGAGCCAGGUUUAACAUAUAUUUUUGUCCAAAGUCCUGUCUAAUUUUAUUGACUUGCUCUUUAGUUCAUGAUACAGGUAACAGUUGAAAGGAUGAAGUGGGAAUAAACUUAUUUAUUUUGUUAUAUAAUUUAAAUUGUGAUUUUUUUUUUCUAUGUAUAUGACACUUAAUGGGGAUAUAUGUGUACUAUAUGCACUUGUAUGCAGACUGUGAGCUGUAGGGAUGUAUGAAAUCUAGAGUUUGAUUGGCCUCUAACUUGCAUGCUCGAGACGAAAGGGGGAAAGGGAUUGGGUUGAGCUUUUUUUUUUUAAGAAUUAAAAAACCCAAACCCAGAAGGAGUGGCUUUUCUUCGUAGUCAGAGGAAGAUUCUCCAUUCUCUGUGGUUCUCUGAUAAACUUUUUAUCAGGACGGUAUACUGGUGUUUAUGCUGAAAUUAAAUCAUGCAUUUGUUCCAGUCUGAUAGAUCAAUUUCUUUUAGAGAAACAGUUUCUGCUGUGUUUUACUGUGAUAGGAAGACUUAGGGAGAUGAGAACAGGAGGAGGGCACACACAGACACACACCACUCCAACUUUGCAAAUGGGCUGUUGGUCAUAGUCGCUUGUUUCUCAGUUGCGGGAUCGACUCUGCAAUGUAAGCAUUGUUUGCAGUGCAGUAAUGGUACCUAGACUUUACAAUGGAGAUUCAUGGAAUUAGGUGUGUGUGCCUGUGCAUUCUUGGUGCUGAGUGCCAUUGAGCACUCUUGCCAGGGAUUGGUUUUUGGCUCUCAGAAAUGGUGGAUAUACAUGGGCUGAUCAGAGGUAGAAAAUAAACUUUGUAUUUUAGCUGGCAGUAAAUAUUUAGGGGAUAUAAUGAAGUGGUGCAUAAACUAUUGUAGUAAGUGAAUAUGUUUCAGUGUUGAAAUUAAUGUAUAAUGACUUGAUUUUUACUGCAGUUCCUGUUGUUAUAAAAUUUAAUCCCAAUCUCCAGAAUAGCGGAUUGCACAAGAGAGCAGUGUUAGUAUUCCAGGUUAGUACUUACCUCUGCUACCUGACUGAUGCAAUUAGAUAGUGAAUGAAUUGUGAGUAUAUUGUUUAACUGUAGACAUCUGUUUUAUUUGAACUUUUUUCCAGAACGUUACAUAUAUAAAGUAUUAUAUGUAAAUAUGAUACAUUAUCAUGUACAAUUUAGGAGAUCAUAUUCAUUGCAGCCUUUUCAUAAGUUGCCUGAGGAAACUCAGUGAACAUUUAAAGACACGAGUCACCAUGCUUCUGGUUCCUGCUGUGUUUAUACCCUCAGCCUAAUUUGUUUCUGUGGUCAUGUCCAGUUCAUGCUGUGGGGUCUUUAAGUCACCUCAGUGGGAAAUGAUGAAGACCUGAACAUGCAAAUAUAUCUUGGGAUGAAACAACUGUUUCUUUGAAAAUCUUGCAGCUAGGAUUCCAUGAAAUUACUGUCACUUGAAUGCUUGAACAGUUCAUGGUAAACAGAUGCUUAACAUUAAGCAAACAAAUUCUUUCAGGAUCAGUCUGUAGCAAAAACUCUCCGUUUUUCCAAUUACAGCGUGUGCAUGAGGUUUCUAAACUAGGAGGCCCACAGUAAGGUACAUUCUAAACUAGGAGGUGUGCACACUUCUGAUAACAGUCUUGUAAACAAUCCCAUUUUACUUUGUAAAGGGAGUCUCAAGAAAAAGGAGCUUGAAAGGGAAAGCUGGCAGUUCUCUAGACUGUUGCAGCAGUUUGUUAGCUUACAUAUGUGAAUUUUUAACAGAUUCACAGGAAUGAACUGCUGGUUUACAUUCCUUGUUCAGUGACAGACCUGAAUUCUUUUUCAUCCUUGCUGCUUCAUACAGUCUAAUUAACUCUUCAAUGUUUACAUUAAGGAUGAACAUCCCUUUUUUAUUGGCACAUUCACACAUUUGUUUUGAAUCUUGGCACUCAAUGGGGAUUUCCAGAUUUGCUUGCUUUCCUUGUUUUCUAAAUAAAAUGUAUUUCUGAAAACAGCAAUGUGCUUGAGAACUCUUGUACAUAUAUAGCGCAGUACCUAGACUAUGAAGUUGUACUAUUGUUCUGUAAAGAGGGUAACUAGAAAUUAUUAUAAAGAGUUGGGAAAAGUAUAGUAUUGUAUUUGUAACAAUAUUGUUCUUUGUCAACAUUUAAUUAUCUCUAUAUAUAAACAUAUAUAUAAAUACAUGUGAGCCUGGAAUGUUGAUACUGCACAUCUACUGAAUGUAAUUCCUCUGAUGUUUUUUGCCACAGGUCUUUGACCUCUGUAAUGAAGCUGCAGUGGUUUGAUAUAGGGGGGGAAGAAAGGGGAAAGAGGAGUGGGCUUUUUAUUUUGGGUGGGACAGAGUGGGGGGUUUAUGGCCAGCUGUUUUGUUGUGAUGUAUUUACUGUGCUAUACUCCUUUAUUUAACAGAGCACUAAUGUCU